UAGGGAAGGAAGGGUCGCACCUAUUCCCCGAGCGGCUGUGCCUCGCUCGGUUUGUCCCGAUUCCUCUCGGGGGUGCGCACACGUGCGUAUUCGUACGCGUACGCGCACGCGCACCUCGCCUCCAAUCGUACCUGAUAACGGCGGGUGUCCGACAACGCUCUCAGUUAUGCCUGGUGCGGCUCGGCGUCGCGACGCGGUCUCCCACUUUUUUCCCAUCCACGUACCCCCGAUACAUCGACUUUGUUUUCUCGUUUGCUCGUAAACGAGCGAAGAAAAGGCGCGCGUGCCGAACGUCCGGUCGGUCGACAGGAUGAGAUCACGUUCUUUCGAUUCGAGACGAUGACAUCGACGACGCGUGUACCGUGUUUCGCGACAUCGACCGGUCAGUGGCUGCUAAACGAAACGUCCACUCGUACGGCCGAUCGCUAAUGUACAGCUGUUAGGUAGCGCGUUUUUCGACUUAUUCGACUCGCACGCCAGUCGAUAGCCAGCCGCGUCUUCCUCGAAAACGGACGAUCAGCGCGAAACCGCGAAACAACGUUUCCAAGCGUUGUUCGACGCGAGUUCUGGGUCGCUCGAGGUUGUCCAGCUAACAUGCGCGUAGUUCAUCGAGGAAACGAACGAGUCCAUCUUCUUCGCCUUUUGUGUACAUUUGCGUAGUUUGUCGGUCUUCUUUACACGCGUCCAACGAAAACCAACGGUCGAAAACUAGUCAGGAAAUAUAUUAGGAAAUCGUUAAAGGCAAUCGAAUGGUGCAAAGUGGAGUGGAGUUCCUGGUUAUAGCGAUCUACCGAGGAUGUAGGUAGAGCGACAACGUCGCCGUUUCUUUCGAUCGUUUGGGAAAUAUCGCUCGAAUCGCUCGCUUGAUCGUGGCUACGAUGUUGCUGCUUCCGUUGUUGUUGAUGCCGAUGGGGAUUCUAGCCUCUGAGCUCUACUUUCCUCAAUCGAACUUGGCCUUAAGGAUACCGUACCUAGCGCGGGACGAUGGACACGUUUCAUGGAAGUUGAAGCUGCUCGAACUGAGGACGCUUCGAAACGAUUCGACGGAACCGAGUCGCGUGAACUAUCGCGUCACCGUGCCCCGCGAACCGACUGUUUCCAUAGAUCCCGAGACGAACAGCCUGCUACUGCACGGUUUUUCAAAGAAAGGCGCGACCGGAUCCGAUACGAUCGUCGUUCUGGCGAAAGAAGACGACAGCAACGAGGCCGUCCUGGAAAUCACGGUGGAACCAUCUCGUGUUAACGGGACGGAAAUCAAAUGCGCGGACUACGUUCAGGACAUGUGCUUUUGGAACGCGUCCAGUUAUAAGAUAUACGAAAAUCAGCCGGUCGCGAUGAUCGGUACCUUCGGACCUGGCAUUUACACCGACCUUUGCUCCAAUUUUCACGUAACCGACUACAAGCUAUUAAACGGCACGGAAUACUUCCACGCGUCCAACGACACGCUGUUCGCGAACGCGUUCCUGGACAGAGACGCGUUGGGUCCGCCGCCUAGAGGUCCCGGACCGCAAGUCGCCGUUCAAGUUCAGUGCAUCGUGUGGGACGAGAUCACCGGAAUGCAGUACGCACCGAUCGACACGCUACACGUCGACGUCUUGGAUCAGGACGAUAAUCCACCGAUGGCGCAGGGCAACCACUCGAUCGACGUGAUUCUUCCAGAAUUUACCGCGGGUGACAAACUGGUGGACGACAACAAGCUGAUACUGAAGGACGCGGACGCGCAAAGUAGUAAUCGCUACACCGUCCGUAUGCUCGGAGACGCUCACGACGCCUUUAACGUCUCCUAUAACACUUUGCCGAUCGAAGUUCCCAGAGGGAUCCCGUACACCGCCAUAUUCACCAGAAUAUCCGCAAAAACCACUCUUCUGCCAAAGUCUCCGUAUCGCGUGAUCCUGCAAGUGAAGGACGAGUCUCUGAUCCCAGGAUACGGAGAAAACACGCUGAACCUUACACUGACUUUUUACGGACCGGAACAUCGAACGACCACGACGACCGUGUCGCCGAUAUCAUCGGGGAAACAGCAAUCCUUCACGUAUCCCUCGAUCGUGAAAGUCGCACGGCUCGCGCCUCGUUACACCCGAGUCGCGAGACCAACCAGCGAACCGCACACCUCGAUAACUUUUAACGUUCACGGGUCGAGCGCGUUCGCCAUCACUCACAAGGGCGGUAUAGUCUACGUCGCCGACGAGGAUCUGCUGAGAACGGAGCCAGCUAAUUUGGUGCUUAAAGUGAAAUGGAACGCGAAAGAUCGUCCGAUCUCUUCCAAGACUGUAAAGAUCAACUUAUCGGCCGUGUCAAUGUCGAAGUUAGACACGUGUAACCAUAGCAAGAUCGGCCGGUUGCAUUCGUGCGCCAAUGCGGAAACGCCAGAGGACUGCGAAUCCAGUUGCGGAGUUGCCAGUGGAUUUUACAGCAAGGGCAACUUUACCGCUCAAUGCGUGUGGAGAUGGAACAAACGUCCGAACCAGGCUUCCAUAAUGUCCGAGUACUAUCCAACUUGUUCCCCGGAUUUGUCUCACUGCCCCGAUAACCAGUGCGACGAGCUCGAACAGUUGGAUCCUCGCAUUUGUCCCCAGGAUUGCACCGUUGAAUCGGACGUCCACUUCGCUCACAUGAACAAGAACGGAAUCGGCAUCAAGAGCGGCUUGGGAACUUGCGCGUGCAACGAUGUGCUGCAAUGCACGUGCAACGUGGAUCAUUUCCGCACGCAAAACGACAAUCCUGGCAGAGGCAACAAGGAGGGAAAGGAUGGAGAGGAGGGUAAAGAUGGAAAAGGCGGGAAAUCGCGAGACAUAGAGGAGGAGAUUGUGGUGACCGGCGCCCGAAAAGCAUCUCAAGGACCUUGUGGACCUAUCUGCAUGAUAAGCGUAAUAGGAGUCAGUUUCCUCGUUCUGAUAGUGAUCAUUGGUUCUUUCGUCACUUCGAGAUACAGACUGGCUGCGAAGCAAGCUCGACGAAACGGAAAACGAAGAGUCGACGAUGACUCGAACGUAGUCGGCAUAUUAUCCUCGGACUACAUUGACAGAGGCGACGGUUUGCUUAUCGGCUUGGACACCUUCACCGCAGCCAAUCGUCACCUUCUUCUUCCAAAAACGUGUCCGCCGGAUCCUAAAUGGGAAUUCCCACGGGCGCGAUUGACCAUCGAACAAGUGCUCGGCGAAGGAGAAUUCGGCCGUGUGUUGCGCGCCAAAGCGAUCGACAUCGGUGGAAUUCCAGGAGCUACCACUGUUGCGGUGAAAACGUUGAAGGAGAACGCGUGCGCAUCCGAAUUGGCCGACUUGCUGUCCGAGUAUCAACUGUUGAAAGAAGCUCAACAUCCGAACGUGAUUAGGUUGCUGGGUGCGUGCACCACUCCCGGAGCGCCGGUCUACCUCAUCAUCGAAUUCGCGGAGUUUGGCUCGUUGCGGAAUUAUUUGAGACGUAGUCGACACUUGGAGUCGGAAAUUAGAGCCGGUGGAUGUUCGUCCUUAUCCAACGUAGUUUCCUGCGAAGCGGAUGGAAGGUCCAUGUACACGGUCACGCCACGCGACAUCCUCUCCUUCGCUUGGCAGAUCAGCAAAGGAAUGGCCUAUCUCGCCGACAUUAAGUUGGUUCACAGAGAUCUUGCAGCCAGGAACGUGCUACUUGCGACCGAGAAGGUCUGCAAGAUCUCGGAUUUUGGCCUGACGAGGGACGUUUACGAAGACGAUGCGUACUUGAAGCGCAGCAAAGGACGAGUGCCGGUAAAAUGGAUGGCACCAGAAUCCCUUGCGGAUCACGUCUACACCAGCAAGUCUGACGUCUGGAGUUUCGGUGUUCUUCUUUGGGAGCUGGUCACAUUGGGGGCGUCUCCUUAUCCAGGAGUAGACGUGCAUAAUCUCUAUAAUUUACUGAAAGCCGGUUACCGUAUGGAGAGACCAGUGAAUUGCUCGCAACAGUUGUACAAGCUGAUGAUGUCGUGCUGGCAUCAAGAACCUGCAAUGAGGCCUCCCUUCAAAGAACUUACCAGUCAUUGGGAAAAGAUGUUAGAGGACAGCGUCGAAUACUUGGAUCUGAAUCCCAGAACCGUUCACAAUCAGGCCUAUUUUGCUUCGCUUCACGCGUUGGACAGUCCAUGCAGUUCUGGUAACGAUGACAUAGAUGAUGGUGACGAAAUCGAUACUCUGAGGACGAACGUUGUCAACUAUCUAGAGAAACCGUGUUCCGAUCCGGUAACAAAGUGCGACAAAAUCGACAAACUCCACGCCCUGUGGCAAGAAUCCGUUGCAACAUUCCCCGAGGAAUCCGUCAAGUUGUACGUGAACGAUCAAUCACCGCCGAGCUUCUGCGUGAAUCACUACGAGAGUCCUAUCAAAUUCAGAAACACCAGCGUCACCAGCAACAGCGAGAACGAUCUAGCCACACCGACGAACGAACGUUCGCAAUCCUACAUCGACAUGGAAGGCAAGAAAUCCUCGGAAGUAGAAACGGAGACAGAGACAGAAGUAGAAGAACUACUUGUCUUCGCCAAUAGAAACGAAAAUAACGAUGAAGCUCGCUCUAAUUGAGGAAGUGAGACGCGUAAAGACCAGAGGGUGAAAUAUCGAUGAUCUAGAAGUUCGAGAAGACAAAUCGCGUCUUUUCUUCGUUCGAGAGGAGUAUCGUCUAGCGUACGACGAGUAUGCCAUUAUGAAACGAACGGGAACGUGAUCGUUGAAACGAUCGAGAGCAACAAACACCUUCGAUACUGUGCCUUCUUUUUCUUUCUGUCGGGCAUACGUGUCGCGUAUAAGAACACGAAACGAUGAACUUUGCAACGCUAGAAAAUCAGAAAAAGAUGCGGAUAGCGUACGUCCAAAUAGAUAGAUCGGCGCUUCAGGAGAUAAGAGCCGAACAACGGUAUACUAACGGUGAUAGUAUAUAGAAUGGAAAUCGAUACGCAACAUUACAUUUUCAUAUAAACGGCCAGGUCUUUGUGUAAUUUAUACUAGAAAUUAUUAACGAGUCUUUCUACUCAAGACGCCUGUUACAGCUUUAUAUACUCUUGGAUUUUUAUGAUACAUGGAUUUUCGACGAAAGAUGUUCGAAGCUAUUCAAAUUGCCGAAGCGAACCGCAGUUUAGUCAAAACCUUGAUGGAAAUUUUCCUAUUCGUUUCGUCAUUUAUGUCCUAACAAGCGAUUGAAUUGGAACGAACGAAAAAGAACAAAGUAAAUAAAUGGCUUCUCAUUGACGAAAGCUACGUCCCUAAAGGGUGACUAACUUUUAAUUAACUCUGUAAACGCCUUCCGAUAAUUUCACGAUCAAUCGCGUAACAAAUGAUCGAACGAGAAACGAAAGAUCGUAAUGAUUAAUAUUAAUUACUAAAAUUGUAAAACUUUUAAACUUCCAGUUAAAUCCUUCUCCGCAGCGGCUUCCAGCUUUUAACAUUCACUUUAUGGUGAAACGUCUGUUAGAUAAUUGCACGAAACGGUGAUUCGACGAUACACUCGAAGAGGAGGUAAACUUGAGUAUCCUAGUUGUUGGUCGAUGUAAUCGUAUUCGAACAAGACUGCUUUUUUUAUACCUCGGUGAAUGAAUUCACCCCUUUUUGGUUUACUUGUACAAAGCAGCGCAUUCCAUUUCGUUAUAUUAAUUAGUCACUUGCCGUUUAUGACGCAAGCGUUCAAGUACAAAUUUAGUUAUAUAACACUGUAUAUUUGCUUACUUCCAAUGGAUCGACUAGUUAUUAGCACGAUCAGGCACGUGCCAUGUGAAUUCCAACUAUUAUCAUUAUACCAUCGUUAAUAUCGUGUUAAAACGUAUACACGCGUGCGCAAUGUAUGCAUGCGUAAAAAGAUAUAUAUAUUUAAUAUACCUGUGACUUAACGAAUGGAGAAUUGUAAGACGUAACUCACAAUAAAUGGACACGAGGAGCUGUAUGGUAACAAAAAAGAAACUGGCGUUUAUUAAGUUAAAUCGGUAUAUAUAUAAAAAAAAGUCUUACAUCUUAAAAAAUUACCUAACUUACGCAAGUAAAAUUUGUUCACAACGUUAUGAAUAAAGGAUGUACUUGAAACGAA